AUGGACGAAUUUAUAGACUUGGCUGCUAUUCAUAUCUUCGUGACUCAGAAUCCUAUCCAUACUCUUCUUGCUGGGACUUACUACUCCAUCCAUGUGAGGACUCAGAAGAAGAAAGGGACUAUCGUCUGCUGUACCCCUUUGUUGUAUAGAUGGUUUAUUUCAUAUCUACCCAGCAAAGGCCCUUUUGUUAAGAACAAAGACAACUUGAAGUGGUCCCAAUGGAUCAUGUCCUUGAAAGCCGAAGACAUUUCUUGGUAUUCUCGAGUUUACGAUGGUGUCAAGCUUAUCCUCAACUGUGGGGAUUUUCCUAAUGUACCACUUCUUGGUACAAAAGGAGGAAUCAACUAUAACCCGAGAGCAGAGAUAGGUAAGAAGAAUUACAUCGCCAAGGAAGCUUACACCAGUUGGGUCAAAGACAAAAACAGCGAGAUUUUGUUGUCGUUCCCGCCUGAGUUGUCCAUGAAUGUCAAACCUUUUGAACCAGUGAACCAUCAAAAUUCUAAAGUUGAUGAAUUGAAGAAGGUUAUCAAGACCCUAGAGAAAGAGAAUGUUGAUCUGAAAUCCAGGCUUGGUAAGAUCUCUUUGGAGAAAGAAACCCUGAAGUUCAAUCUGAAUCAGAAGAGAGAUAGAGUUCGUCAAGCAGACGAUGAGGUGCAAACAAAGGUAUUCAAGAGACUCAAAGUGGGUGACACACUCAAAGGGACUUAUGCCAGUUUGGAAGCCAAAAAGAAGCAGUUAGCCGAGACUCAAUACCAAUCCAGCAAAGCGGAACUUGAACACAUGGAACAAACCAAGAAACUCUAA